GCCUGCGCCAGGCUGCGCCCACGGCGAGUUGACUUCCGCUUCCGGGUGGCGCCUGCAAGUCGGUGGCUGUUGAAGCUCAGUCAUCGCCAUGGAGUUGUUGGGCGAGUAUGUCGGGCUGGAUGGGCAACAGCAGCGGCUGCGGGUGCCCUGUGAGGUGCCGGCCGACGCCGAUCCUUACGAGACCCUGUUGUCUGGCGUGGCCCAGAUGAGAGACCUGGUGACAGAACUCUUCGGCCCCCUGGUACAGCAGGAAGCGCAAGACCGGGUGGCGGCUCCAGAAGAGGCCUUGGACGGUGAUGAUGAAGAUGAUGUAGAAGAUGAAAAUAACACUGAUAACAGAACUAACUCAGAUGGACCAUCUGCAAAACGGCCCAAACCACCAUCUUAAGAAUAGCUUUUAUGAAAUUUAAAAGACUGCUACUAUAUCUGAAUUAUCACACGCUGACAUUUAGGAAAGACUGGUGCUCUAAUUUGGAAAAGCAUUUGUUUUAUUCCCCUAGGACAAUUUUGUCAAAGAAAAAAAUGUACCUUGUUUCCACCAAAGAAAGAUAUAAUAAAUGUUUAGAAAUGAAUCUGUUUUCUUGAGUGAGAAAUAAAUUUGAUACUGUGGAAAUAACUAGAACACUCAAUGCUAUAUAAAAUCCUCUAAGUUG